AUGAACAGGGAUGUCAAUGGACAAGUGAGUGACGAUGUGUCGUCCCCGCUCGCGUAUCCGUCCUCUGGUGUUACACAGUCACUAUGGCGUAUCUUUGAGUAUGGGGCGACCUCAGAGCAGGGCACUCGAAAGACAAUGGAAGACCAGCACGCCAUGGUUUCAGAAACCAUUCCUUUUUUUGCCGUGUAUGACGGGCAUGGUGGCACACAGUGCGCGGAGUUUCUUCGCGACAAUUUGCACACAUUAAUUCUUAGUCACUCAGAUGUCAUGACGAAUCCCGAGAAGGCGGUACGUGAUGGGAUAGCCAAGGCUGAGGCGGAUUUUUUAACAAAAUGUGCCAAUGGUAAAUGUGAGUCUGGCAGCACCUGCGCCGUCGCCAUGAUUGUGGAUGACACGCUGGUGACUGGCAAUGUUGGUGACACUGAGAUAGUACUGUGCCGAGAGGGGUCUCCACUGGUGUUGUCAAAGAAGCACAGCCUACAUAGCAACGAGGCGGAGAGUGAGCGUGUCAAGGCCUGCGGUGGCAGGAUCAUCAGUAACCGUGUGGGCCAUCCAAAGUUUAACCCACAAGUGUUGAGCCUGGGCAUUACCCGUGUCAUAGGCGAUGCAGGGUUCAAGUUGGAUGAAUACACUGACGGCAAGCCGUCUGGCAUCAUUGCCGAUGCGGAAACUCAAACCACAAAGCUUACUGACCGUGAUGAGUUCCUCGUUAUUGGCUGUGACGGCUUGUGGGAUGUAAUGUCGUAUGAUAGAGUCGUGCAAUUUUGUUCCCAACUUGCAGCGGAGGGUGUGCCACCGCAGGAUAUCACCGAUAGGUUGUGUCAGGAGGCUUUGCAGCAAGGGAGUACUGACAAUGUGACAUGUGUUUACAUCAAUAUAAAAACCAAACGACCCAACUCAAGUGAUUGGUGUUCUCAGAGUGCGGCUUCUACCUCUCAGAAAAAUGCCUAG